UAGCAACACAAUACAUCAUAGUAAACACCUUGGGUAUUCAGUUGGCACUUUCACCAGUCCCGUAGUUCAACUAGGAUAGGUACUACGAGAAGCAAGGUCUCUCGUCCUUAACAACGUAGACACGCGUCUCCAGGUUGACACAGUUUGUUCAUAGCGCAGUGGAGAUAUCGCAAGAACAGUAUACCAACGCAUACCAGCUAUACAUGCUAUUUCAAACUCAAAGUCCAUCACGAUGACCGCUGAAGAUAGCGUAGUUGUGCCAAACAGCCAGGCAAGCAACAUGGAGACCAUCAGCGGGAAAACACAGCCUCCAGAAGGGAUUGCCGGAGCAAGAAACGAGACGGCUUUAUUGUCUUUGAUGGAACGAACGGGGUACAACAUUAUCCAAGAAAAUGGACAGCGAAAAUAUGGAGGCCCUCCCCCGAACUGGGAAGGGAUUACCCCGGGUCGUGGCUGUGAAAUAUUUGUGGGCAAGAUACCACGAGAUUUGUUUGAGGACGAACUGGUUCCAGUAUUCAUGUCCGUAGGUCUGAUCUAUGAAAUGCGUCUAAUGAUGGAUUUCAGCGGAAACAAUCGGGGAUAUGCCUUCGUCAUGUAUACGAACAAGGAAGACGCCAAAAAGGCUAUAAAACAACUGAACAAUUACGAAAUUCGCAAGGGACGAUACUUGGGCGUCUGUGCUAGUGUUGACAAUUGUCGCUUGUUCGUUGGAGGCAUACCAAAAAACAAGAAAAGGGACGAAAUCCUACACGAAAUGCAAAAAGUUACGGAAGGAGUUGUCGAUGUAAUCGUGUAUCCAAGUGCAACAGACAAAACUAAGAACCGUGGUUUCGCCUUCGUUGAAUAUGAAAAUCAUAGAGCUGCUGCGAUGGCACGAAGAAAACUCAUCCCAGGAAGAAUACAGCUGUGGGGUCAUCAGAUUGCCGUCGACUGGGCCGAACCAGAGCAAGAAGUUGACGAGGAUAUAAUGAAAACGGUUAAAGUUCUAUACGUUCGUAAUCUAAUGCUUAACACGACAGAAGAGACAAUCGAGAAAGAAUUCAACAGUUUAAAGGAAGGUUCAGUAGAGAGAGUAAAAAAGAUCCGAGACUACGCAUUUGUUCAUUUUGUCACAAGAGAAGAUGCUCUCUAUGCUCUCAAUGCUAUGAAUGGUCACAAUGUUGAUGGUUCUGUUGUUGAAGUGGUUCUUGCCAAGCCAGUGGAUCGGGAGAACUAUGUCCGUUAUACCAGAGGCGGCGCAAGAGGCACAUUCUCUCAGGGCUACGUUGCACCGUUUGGUUACGAUCCAAACUAUGGCCCACCGCAGACAGCUAAUUACUAUGGCCAGUUUCCACAAGCAACGAAUACCAGAUACCAAGAAUUUGAAAAUCACCCUAGUGCUAGAGGUGGUAUGAUACGAGGACGCGGUCGAAGCGCUGCGGGCUCAAGAGGAGCUGGAGGUCGUGGUUACUUGGCGUAUAACAUGGGAAGAGGAUAUGGACGAGGAUUCUAUGACAAGAAAAACCCAGUUGAGCCCCGACUCUAUGAUAUAGUGCCUGGCAUGGAACUGACACCAACUAACCCACUGACUUUAAAACCGUCGGCCAUCAAAUCUGCAACCCAGUAUUUGGAGGAGAUCUGUAACAAGAACAACUGGGGAAACCCGGUAUACACUCUGCACUCCACCAGGGGGCAUGAGAAUGUUCAGCUUUUCCUGUACAAGGUUUCGGUACCAGCUUUAGCCAAUCAUUUCCCAAACAGCUUCCAACCAAAUAAACUAUGUCCAAGUGUGGAUGAAGCCAAAAGCUAUGCAGCUGAGUAUGUUCUUAUUCAACUGGGAGUACCACUAGAUGGUUCUGCUGGUGAGGUACCAGUUACCAUGACCACUACGCCAUCAAACUUCCAGGAUCGCCCCAUCGGACCAACUGGGUAUGCUAUGGCUAAUGGUGGUGCCCGUGCCACCGAAGCCACACCGUACCCAGCCUAUGUUCCGAUCACCAGCGCACCAUCUAUAAUGGCCCAAGGGAAAAUGCUGCAAGGUGGUCUUAGUCAAGACAACCAGACACCCACAGCAUCGCCUUACUACAAUCAAGCAAGCUAUCCUCCUACCCCUGAGAUGUAUCAACAAUAUUCAUGAAAAUAUUCUACUUAAAAUUUUUUAAAUAUUUAGUAGUCAUUAGUUACAUAAAACUGGUUACGGUACUCUUAGAAAUUAUUUUUAUCUUACCAUUACUUUGGUUUUAAAAGUGUUUGCAUGUGGACAGUUGACUGUUGCAAUUUUAUGCUGUUAUAAAGCUGUUGCUUUUCCUUCACGUUUUCCAUUUAACAUUUGGCAUUUUUUAUUAGACCAGUUACUUUUUAAAACCUUUCUGGAUAAAAACUUAAGUCUCUUAUUGUUCUUGACAGAAGUUUCCAAAGCCUUUUUUUCCCGCAGUUCUUCCUGUAUUCGUCUUGGGUGAACUCGUGCAAUCAAAAAAUGUCUGUUUUGAGGUUAAAAACACUGGAAUGCGUGUAAUCCAUAUUUGUCAAAUCUGUACUGGUACACAUAUCACAAGAAUAUUGACAGCGUUGUUUUUUUUUCCAUUGAUAGUUUAUUCGAUUGAACUGUUAUGUUUACACACUUUUUUGUUCAGUUUUUCUGGUAAAUUUCAUCAAUAUAGAAUAACCCACUUGCCUGCUUUAGAUGGGCUUUACCAGCCUUUGACCAGGAUGUUUACAUGUAUCUACCAGCAUCAGAAGGCAAUGCACAGGAAAAAGAAAUCAUGUUUUUGAACAGUAACUAGUCCACAUGUAAUAUUAAAAGAAGCAACCCAUGAUUUCCUGAAGAUUCACCCAAAACGAUAUGAACUAAACCAAACCAUAGUAAGAAACACUAACCCAUUGUGAAUGAAAACAUCUUCCUCAUUAUAUAUUACAGAGUUUUAUAAAAAAAGCUUUAUUUUCAGAGCUUUAUUUUUCUACCUGGGAAGGCAAUCAGAUGUGUACAUCAGUGAUUACUUCAACAGGUAAAUCAUGGGUGUUUGUGAUGCAACUUAAGUUUUCAAAGAUACUUCUACAUAUUAUUAUUUUAUGUUUUAAAUAUUUCAUUUGGUGCAAGUUAUAUAUUUUAUUUUUAAUUUUGUUUGGUGUUGUGUCUUUACUUCGAACCAUCCAGUACUAUAUACUAAAGAGUAAAAAAAAAACUUAAAAAAAAGAAGAAUGGACUGUCAUCUUGCCAAAAAUGUUGGCAGUCUGUGUGGUGGUAAUACGUAUAAGCUGCAAAAAUUGAACUUCCAAUCGACUAAAGUUUUACUAUCAUCAGUUCACCGUAAUAAUAUUGUGAUA